AGUGUGUAAGUGAAAGCAUGUUACUUAUGUUGUAAGCUUUUCCUUGUGGUGGUGGUAAAUUAACACUGAAAAGUAAACAGUGUUAUUAUCGUUUAUCACUCAUUCCACAUAUAUUUUGUGAUUGGUGUAGCAUAUUCUCAGCAAUGAAAAUUAUCUGCGUGAAAUUUAUGUAGCCAGCCAGCAUGCAUCAUAGUAAACGAGUGCAAUUAUUAUUCAACUGGACAGCGCAUAAGCGGUCGUACACAUCAGCCGCAAGACUUAAAGUUCUUCGGCAAGAUCGAAGUAAAAUAACGACCCAUGAAUACCCUAUCUCUAAACCAACGGACACUCGGGUGUACGUGUGGGGGAUGGCUGCAACUGGUGCUCUGGGAGUGCAAACCUCCGUCAAGAAGCAAGCUAAAGUAUAUACGGAUUACGUUCAGCAUCCAAGUAGGCUAAAUUUUGCCGAAAAGCGUGACAUAAUUGAUCUAGCAGCCGGUUAUGGAUUUUCGGUUUUUGCAGCCAAGUGCACCAACGGCCGAAGUCUGUGGGGUACUGGUAUCAAUACCGAUUCACAGAUCGGCUACCAUAAGUUAGGCGGUCAACAACGGAAACCUUUCGAGCUGCUAAUUUAUCCGGCUCCGGUCGAGUUCACUUCGGUAGAAGGUAAUAACAGUCAGGUGGAGAUUGUCAAGGUUGCUGCCGGCAGAGCUCAUCAGUUAGCAUUGGCUGCGGAUGGAACGGUGUUCGCUUUCGGAAAUAACGCCUACGGCCAAUGUGGCAGAGAGAUCAUGAAGCAUGAAGACUACUUCCAUAAACCUGUGAUAAAUAAAAUCCGACAGCUGGGAGGACCGAGUGAUCCCUUGUGUGACGUUGAUUGUGGCCAGGAUCACAGCUUUUUUCUGACUGAAUCUGGUAAACUCUAUUCGUGCGGAUGGAGUGACGAUGGACAAACGGGACAGGGAAGAUUUGGCCUUAUUAGCACCCCUGCACUGGUUGAAGGGGAUUUGAAGGGAGAAAAAGUAUCGAAAGUUACUGGUUCUUCGGACACGGUAUUAGCAUUAACUGAUAAAGGUGAUGUGUUUGGUUGGGGAAACACUGAAUACGGUCAACUACUGACGAAGAGUGAUGAAAAUCCUCAAAUUAAUUCACCGCGUUAUUUGCCCUUUCUGAAGGGUUGUGGCAGAAUAGUUGAUAUUGCUGCUGGAGGAUCCUAUUGCUUAGCAUUAAAUGAUAGCGGUGAUGUUUUCACUUGGGGCUAUGGCAUUCUUGGUUUCGGUCCAGAAGUGUCUCAUCAAGCACAACCGGCGUUAAUUCCGCCGGCACUGUUCGGUCGGAAUGAUUUCAAUCCGACUAGUCGGGUGCGAUCGAUUUUCGCCGGCAUUACGCACAGUGGAGCAAUCAAUGACAAGGACGAUUUGUACAUGUGGGGUCACAAUCGGUACGGUUGUUUGGGCUUUGGUCAUACAAAGGAUCAAUAUUUUCCGCUCAAGGUAGCCGUUAGUGCGCGGGUCAUGAAGAUCAGCUGUGGCGUAGAUCAUACACUGGCGUUGUGUAAAGCGUUUGUUUAAAUUAAAUAGGAUGUAAGUAUAGAACAGUUUAAAA